UUUUUUCUGCGUGGAGUAAAAUUACUCCCCCGUCACUGUGGACUAAUGAUGGCUCUAAUGGUUCACCUGAGGACGGUCGCUCACCUUCGGGGGAAAGGUGACAGGAUCGCCAAAGUUACAUUCAGAGGUCUGUCCUUUUACAGCCGUGUGGCAGAGAACUGUGAGGAGGUGGCCCACUUUAAUGAGACGUUUCGAUGGCCCAUUGCCAGCAGGCUGGAUGGAAACGAGAUGCUUGAGAUCCAAGUGUACAAUUACAGCAAAGUCUUCUCCAACAGACUGGUGGGGACUUUCUGUAUGGUGCUUCAGAAGGUGGCUGAAGAGGGACACCUACAGCUGACGGACACACUCAUCGACGAUAACAACACAUCAAUAAAGACCAGCGUUACUAUAGAGAUCAGAUACCAGCCGAUGGAUGGCACAGUGGGGGUGUGGAGUGACGGGGAGUUCCUGGAUGUUCCCGAUGACCGUGACGGGAUGUUUGCCUUUGAAACUGACAGCUUGCUCUCUGGACAGAGCCACGGGUCAGGGACGUCACCUGGACGAUCCUUACAGGGAUCCAUACCGACCUUCAGAAAAGCAGGGAAGGGAGUUUUCUCAGCCAUGAAGCUCGGCAAGAUCAAGAGCUCUAAAGACGAUCACAAGAAAGGAGAUGAGCCAGCAGUCCUGGACAUGGAGGACCUGGACAGAAAGGCAAUGCGUCUUGCAGGAUCACUUGAUCCGGACACCAUCUCUCUGGCCUCUGUCACCGCCGUCACCACCAACGUGUCAAAUAAGAGGUCAAAGCCAGAUAUCAAGAUGGAACCGAGCUCUGGACGACCAGUGGAUUAUCAGAUCAGCAUCACAGUGAUCGAGGCUCGGCAGCUAAUAGGCCUCAACAUGGAUCCUGUGGUGUGCGUGGAGAUUGGAGAUGACAAGAAGUACACAUCUAUGAAGGAGUCCACUAACUGCCCGUACUACAACGAGUAUUUCGUCUUUGACUUCCACGUUCCACCUGAUGUUAUGUUUGACAAGAUCAUCAAGCUCUCAGUGAUUCACUCCAAGAACCUUCUGCGGAGUGGGACCUUAGUGGGAACCUUCAAGAUGGAUGUUGGGACUGUUUACUCUCAGCCUGAACAUCAGUUCUACCACAAGUGGGCCAUCCUGUCUGAUCCUGAUGACAUCACAGCUGGAUGCAAGGGAUAUGUAAAGUGUGACAUUGCUGUAGUCGGAAAGGGUGACAACAUCAAGACCCCACACAAAGCCAACGAGACCGAUGAAGAUGACAUAGAGGGGAACCUCCUUCUCCCAGAGGGCAUCCCAGCAGAAAGGCAGUGGGCGAGGUUUUAUGUGAAGAUCUACCGUGCUGAAGGACUUCCUAAAAUGAACACCAGCAUCAUGGCUAAUGUGAAAAAGGCCUUCAUAGGAGAGAACAGGGACCUGGUGGACCCCUACGUUCAAGUGCAGUUUGCUGGACAGAAAGGGAAGACUUCAGUCCAGAAGAGCAGUUAUGAACCAAUCUGGAACGAGCAGGUCAUCUUCACCGAAUUGUUCCCUCCACUCUGCAAACGCCUGAAGGUCCAGAUACGAGACUCCGAUAAGGUCAACGACGUUGCCAUAGGAACCCACUUUAUUGACCUACGCAAGAUAUCAAAUGAUGGUGAUAAAGGGUUCCUGCCUACCCUGGGCCCAGCCUGGGUCAACAUGUACGGCUCCACUCGUCAGUACACUCUGAUGGACGAGCACCAGGACCUGAAUGAUGGACUUGGAGAAGGCGUGUCCUUCAGGGCUCGUCUCCUGCUUUCCAUUGCUGUGGAGAUCCUGGACACCACUUCACCUGAGAUCAUCAGCUCCACUGAGGUUCAGAUGGAAACUGUCUCCAACAUCUCAGAGAGCGCCACAGGGAAAAUAGAAGAGUUCUUCCUCUUUGGUUCCUUUCUGGAGGCCACCAUGAUCGACAGGAAGAUUGGCGACAAAGCGAUAAGCUUUGAAAUCACGAUAGGUAACUAUGGCAACCAGAUAGAUGGUGUAAGCAAGCCCUCGUCAGGAAAGAAGAGGAAAAAAGACGGGGAGAAUGAAGAGGAGAGUGAGCUCAUCCAGAACUCCAGUGAAGAUGAGGCGGACGAGGACGUGGAUCUGGUCUCAGUCUCCUCCACUCCUCACAUGAAGCCCGUCAUCACCGACAGAAAUUACUUCCAUCUUCCUUACUUUGAGAAGAAGCCAUGUGUCUACAUCAAGAGCUGGUGGCAGGACCAAAGAAGACGACUCUACAACUCCAACAUGAUGGACAAGAUUGCGGACAAGCUGGAGGAGGGUUUGAAUGAUGUUCAGGAGGUCAUUAAGACAGAGAAGGCCUUUCCAGAGCGCAGGCUCAGGGGAGUGCUGGAGGAGCUCAGCGUUGGCUGCAGUCGGUUUGUGACUCUCGCUAACAAGGAUGUGAACCAGGCAGGCAGAACCAAAUUGGAUCGAGAACGGCUCAAGUCCUGCAUGAGAGAGAUGGACAGCAUGGGCCAGCAGGCUAAGCAGAUUCGGACUCAGGUGAAGAAGAACACAGUCAGAGAAAAACUCAAGCUGGCGCAGAACUUCCUGCAGAAGCUUCGUUUCCUUGCUGACGAGCCUCAGCACAGCAUCCCAGAUGUUUUCAUCUGGAUGAUGAGCAACAACAAGCGCAUCGCUUAUUCCCGGAUUCCCUCAAAAGACAUCCUGUACUCCAUAGUGGAUGAGGAAACCGGUAAAGACUGUGGUAAAGUCAAAACUGUCUUUCUCAAGCUGCCUGGUAAGAAGGGGUUCGGUCCUGCAGGCUGGACCGUUCAGGCUAAGCUGGAGUUGUAUCUGUGGCUGGGCCUCAACAAGCAAAGAAAGGACUUCCUCAGUGGUCUGCCUAAUGGUUUUGAAGAGAUUAAAGCUGCUAAAAUGGGCCCCGGUCUUCACUCUGGCCCCCCUGUCAGCCUCGUCUACAACAUGAAGCAGGUUUUUCAGCUGAGAGCACACAUGUACCAGGCCCGCAGUCUGUUUGCUGCUGACAGCAGUGGCCUUUCAGAUCCCUUCGCUCGGGUCUUCUUCUCCACACACAGCCAGGUUACUGAGGUCCUGAGCGAGACUCUGUGCCCUACGUGGGACCAGCUGCUGGUGUUUGACGAUGUGGAGCUGUUCGGGGAGGCCAGUGAGCUGAGAGACGACCCACCAAUCAUUGUAGUUGAAAUCUAUGACCAGGACACUGUGGGCAAGGCAGAGUUCAUAGGCAGGACGUUUGCGAAGCCCACCAUCAAGAUGUGUGAUGAGCACUACGGCCCCCCGAGGUUCCCACCACAGCUGGAGUACUACCAGAUUUACAGAGGGAACUGCACUGCUGGGGAACUGCUGGCUGCCUUUGAACUUCUGCAGAUUGGUCAAGGAGGCAGGGCUGACCUUCCUCCCCUUGAAGGGCCAACAGACUCUGAGCGUGGGCCCAUUCUUCCUGUGCCGUUGGGCAUACGGCCCGUCCUGAGCCGCUACCGCAUUGAGGUUUUGUUCUGGGGUUUAAGGGACCUGAAGAGGAUCAACCUGGCUCAGGUGGAUAGGCCACGUGUGGAUAUAGAGUGUGCAGGUAGAGGUGUUCAAUCUGCCCUCAUCCAGAACUACAAGAAAAACCCCAACUUCAGUACCCUGGUCAAAUGGUUUGAGGUGGACCUUCCAGAAAAUGAGCUCCUGCACCCCCCUCUCAACAUCCGGGUGGUGGACUGUAGAGCGUUUGGCCGCUACAUCCUUGUGGGGUCCCACGCUGUCACCACCCUGAGACGUUUCAUCUACAGCGCCCCAGACAAGACCUCCAACAACUGGGCCACUGCAGCUAAGCUAAUGAAUGGCUACAUGGUCCUUACCAAUGGUGGCUCCCAGCCUCGCUCCUCACCCAGCCUUUCCUCCCGCACCUUCUCUCGCCCCGCAGGUGACAUCAUCGUCAACAUGGACGCAGAGCCUCCGGUCCGAAAGAUGGACACAGUUGUAAAGUUAGACACUAUGUCUGAUGCUGUUGUAAAAGUUGACAUGACUGAGGAGGAGAGCGACAAAGAAAAAAAGAAGAAGAAGAAGAAGAAGAAGGGAGGAGUCGAGGAAGAAGAUGAGACGGACGAGAGUGUGCUGGACUGGUGGUCCAAAUAUUUUGCUUCAAUAGAGACACUAAAGGAGACCCUCAAAGCCCAAGAGGCGGCUCAGGCAGAGGCGGAGGAGAGAGAGGAUCUAGAGAUAGCAGCCGAGACGGCAGAUAUCAAACCCGAUGACCUUCUUCUGAAAGGCUCCAAGACAAAAGAAAAGAGCAAAGAGAAGAAGAGCUCCAAGGACAAGAAGAAGAGUCAGGCUGCAGACGGGAUCGAGAAACGGCCGGUUAAAGCAAAAGUGGACGAGCUGGUGGUGUACAACAAGGAGCUGGAGAGUGAGUAUGGCGACUUUGAAGACUGGCUUCACACUUUCAACCUGUACAGAGGAAAAGCUGGGGACGACGACGAACAUGCUCUGGAUGACGACAGGAUUGUUGGCAGAUUCAAGGGAUCCCUGUGUAUGUACAAGCUACCCCUGUCAGAGGAGAUCACCAGAGAGGCCGGAUUUGAUCCUAAUAUGGGCAUGUUCCAGAGCAUUCCACAUAAUGAUCCAAUCAACGUCCUUGUCCGUGUCUAUGUGGUCAGGGCUACAGAUCUCCAUCCUGCUGAUAUCAAUGGAAAGGCUGAUCCAUAUGUUGUCAUCAAGCUGGGCAAGUCAGAGGUCAAAGACAAAGAGAACUACAUCUCCAAACAGCUCAAUCCUGUAUUUGGCAAGUCGUUUGACAUUGAGGCCACGUUCCCCAUGGAGUCCAUGCUAACUGUGUCUGUGUACGACUGGGACUUGGUUGGCACUGACGACCUGAUCGGAGAGACAAAAAUUGAUCUGGAGAAUCGUUUCUACAGCAAAUACAGAGCCACCUGUGGCAUUUCAUCCAACUACUCUGUUCAUGGAUACAAUGUUUGGCGGGACCCUAUGAAGCCCAGCCAGGUCCUGGCUAAGCUCUGUAAGGACGGCAAGAUCGAUGGACCUCAUUAUGGGCCUGGAGGCAAAGUCAAGGUGGCGAAUCGAAUCUUCACGGGACCAACAGAGAUAGAAGAUGAGAAUGGCUUGAAGAAGCAGACUGAGGAGCACUUGGCUCUGACAGUGCUGAACCACUGGGAGGAAAUCCCAAGAGUGGGCUGCAAACUGGUCCCUGAGCAUGUGGAGACCAGACCCCUGCUGAACCCCGACAAGCCUGGCAUUGAACAGGGCCGUAUUGAGAUGUGGGUGGAUAUGUUUCCUAUGGACAUGCCUGCUCCUGGACCUGCGAUUGACAUAUCGCCACGGAAACCAAAGAGAUAUGAGCUCAGGGUGAUUAUUUGGAAUACAGACGAAGUAAUACUGGAGGACGAUGAUUACUUCACUGGGGAAAAGUCCAGUGACAUAUUUGUCAGGGGGUGGCUGAAAGGGCAGCAGGAGGACAAGCAGGACACAGAUGUGCACUAUCACUCCCUGACUGGUGAGGGCAACUUUAACUGGCGCUUCGUCUUCCCCUUCGAUUACCUCAUGGCUGAGGAGAAGAUCGUCAUCUCGAAGAAAGAGUCCAUGUUCUCCUGGGAUGAGACCGAAUACAAGAUCCCUCCUCGCCUCACGAUGCAGGUCUGGGACGCCGACCAUUUCUCUGCUGAUGACUUCCUGGGUGCGAUUGAGCUGGAUCUGAACCGGUUCCCCCGUGGCGCCAAGACGGCCAAGCAGUGCUCCCUCGACAUGAUCCGAAAUGAGCAGGAGCUUCCCACCAUUUCCAUCUUCAAACAAAAGAGAGUGAAAGGCUGGUGGCCGUUUGUUGCCCGUGAUGAGAACGAUGAGAUGGAGCUCACGGGUAAAGUUGAGGCAGAACUUCACCUGGUGACAGCAGAGGAAGCAGAGAAAAGUCCUGUGGGACUGGGACGAAACGAGCCGGAUCCACUGGAGAAACCAAAUCGUCCCAGCUCCAACAUGUCAUGGCUGCUGAGCCCGGUGAGGACGAUGUGUAUCCUGGCCUGGAGGCACUACAAGCUGCACUGUGUGGUGCUGCUGGCUGCCGUGCUGGGUCUGCUCUUCCUGGCUCUGCUCUUCUUCUCUCUGCCCUCAGAGCUCAGCCAUAAGCUCUUCAACGCUGCUGGGUAAAGUCACCACACUGCAGUCCUGACACACACAUGGUCACUGUAUGUUGGUUUGUAUACACUGUGUGUAGCACAGGAAUUCUUGUAUGUCUUUGAUCAACGGUAAAAAUACUGUUACCACAACAUGCAUUGAUAGAGGCUUUUAUUCUUUAACGUGAGGAUACUGUGAAUCAUUUUACAAAUACUGCAGGUGGAUGAUUUUAAUGGAGAAGCACAUUUAUUUCUGUUCUUUUACAUUUUAUGCUAUAGAUUCUAAGGCCUUUUUGUAUACACUAAGGCAUUUGCUUGAAAAAUAUAUAUAUAUGUUUUUUUGUUGAUCACCCAAUCGAUAAAUUGUAAUCCUUUAAGCUUUAGAGUACGCCUUUAUGAUAAAAAAACACUUUAUUACAUUAUUGUUGUGGAAAGUCUUCACCCUUCACAGAGAAUAUCUGAAAAACAGUAUGACACAAACACACACAUACGCUUGGGUUGAAUGAUUGUUGCAGCAGUCAAGGUCAUAAACAAGUGGGUGAAAUGAGGGUUGGUGUGUGUCUAACCUGGAUCUCAUGUGCUGCUUGAGGAAACUUUUUAGAGCAGGCAGGACAUGGUCACGAUUGAUGAGGUCAGAGGUCAGACUGGAUGUAGAGCUGCUUUCCACUGCCUCUGCCUGUUCAUUGGAUUCACCUGGCUCACCACAAACAUCCUGCAGGCAGAAAAAACAAGAUACAGAAAUAGUAAUCGUCCACUUACAAUGACCUUUUUUGUCAAAGAGUCAAGCCCGGUGUCCAAAUGGAAACCGCUCUGAUGAGGCAUCCACUGCACUCUUAGUCUCUCUCCCUCCUCACCUCAGUCUGCUCUCUCUGCUGUAGUUUGUACUUUAAUAAGAAAUGAGCCAGCUUGGGCACAUCCUCCUUGCCAAUGCCACAGGACUGCAAGAGAAAAUAACACACCUGGUUGUUCAGGACCUGUCCAACAAACCACUGAUGCAUUACACCCGCUCUUAACUGUCAAUCCAAGUGAAGCAGCUGUGAAACGCUACAGUGUCUGUGACGGCUGUGGUGUAUCUGUGUGGGGAACGAGGAGAAAAAAAACUGGACAUGAACUCACACAGAGGAGAGUGCCCAGCUUCACAACAGUCUGUUCAUCCUUCUUCAGGGGAGCCAACAGUUUCAGGAGUUUAGCUUCCAUCAGGAAGCCCUGAAAUUGAAGGAGGGGACACUUUUGGUUGAAAUGCUUGUCAUGCUUGUGAUUUCAUGUCAUUGCUUUUCAUGUCAUUGUAAGAUUAGAAGAUUGAUACCACCCACGUUUGUAUAUUAAAUAUGAAACUACAGCCAGGAGAUAGUUAGCUUAGCAUAGAUCUCUUUUUUUUUCUUAAUUUUAAUUACUUUAUUGAUCUCUCCUGGGGAAAUUACUCUCUGCAUUUUACUUUCUGCAUUUUCAUUCUCAUUAAUGACAUAAUAGGGAAAUGUACUAUCAACAUGAGGUUACCUGGCAAUCAGCGGAGAUUCCAGAGUAUUAAACAGAGAGAUAUCAGUAGUGCUUAUCUUCACAUUUAACUCUAAGGAAAGGUGGUGUAUUUCCCAAAAUGUUAAACUGUUCAUUUAAUAUAAUAUAUUCAUACAGAUAAACUCUCUCACAUCACUAGUGUCCUGUGCCUGCGUUUGCUAUAAAUAUGUUUGUGAUUUUCUAAAAUUGGAUACUAUUUUUCUGAACAAACCUCUGCUUCUUUUGCACUUCUUUCUCACCAUGUCAUCACACAGCAGCUCCAUCACUUUCUUCAGUGUCUCCAUCGACAGCUUCUCUUCCUCCACCUCUGUAUCACUCUCACCCAGCACUGCUGUCCCUUCCUUGCACAUUACCAUGUCUGUGCUCUCACUGUCAACCUCCCGCCUAAGCCAGUCUGAGGCAUCCAUCGUCCCCUGUCCAGUUUGAUUCAGCUGGGAGACGGCCUGGCAGGCGGGCCCAUGGGCCUGUGUCUGAGGCUGGAUGGGACAAGAGUGAUCCAUGAAAGCCAUUAGUGGUGGCUCCCAGGCUAAGCCUAGGUGCUGCUUACAGAUCAGCGAGUCAAUUAAUAAA